GCAUUUCGGGAAGGCUGUAGGCUUUCGCAAAGGAACCACGCUUGCUUAGCGUCCACCAUCUUUAGUAUUGGAUUGGAAAGGCGCGGCGACAUAGCAAGAUUUCUGCUUUCUUUCCUUACAGAGUGAUUUCAUGGUCAAGAAAGAGUUGCAGCCAUGUCAAGUGAAGAGGAAGCUACUGCAGCCAAUGUGCUGUCACAGAUGUCACAGAUUCAGCAGAUAAGUUGUGAAACAAUUGAAGCCACAGUUAUUAAUGUUGGGCAUCACUGUGAUGUGGAGACAACAGCCUCACAAGUUAUGGAGAUUGUACAAGCUGAAGUUCCAGAUGAGGAGGCUAACGAGGUACUGCGUCGGGUUCAUUCAGCUGUGCAGAACAUGCAGCAGUCAUCUGGCGUCAUGGACACCAAUGAGCAAGUACAUGCUCAGCUGGAUAGUGGAGAGGUGGCUAUUUUGUCUGGGUCAGGAGAUUCCACAGCAGCUGUUGGAACCAGGAUUGUUUCAAAUGGAGGUAGGGUUUAUCCUUGUGAGUACUGUGGUAAGGAAUUCAACAAGUCAUACAAUUUGAAGACACACAUUCGUGUUCACACUGGGGAAAGACCCUAUACCUGUGAGCAGUGUGGCCACGGCUUUGCUAACCUAGGAGAUCUGAAAAGACAUGCGCGCACACACACAGGGGAGAAACCAUUCAAAUGUACCUUUUGCGGGAAAGUUUUCUCAGACUUUGGAAGUCACAAGCGGCAUCUCCGCCUUCACACAGGCUUUAAACCCUUUCGGUGUGAGGACUGUGGGAGAGAAUUCACUCGGUUGGACAGUUACAAGAACCACAUUCGUUUACACACAGGUGUCCGUCCAUAUAAAUGCGACACUUGUGAAAAGGAAUUCAACUAUCUGACGACUUACAAACGACACUUGAACAUCCACAAAGGAGAAAAACCUUUUGCCUGUGAGCACUGCGAUAAGAAGUUCACUCGGCUCAAUUAUUUAAAAAAUCAUCUCAACACUCAUGCUAAACAUGCGAGUCAGGAAAGCCAGACAGACUUUAAAUAUGACGACAGCUCUUCUCGGCAAAAUAUGGACGUGGAUAAUCAGGAAGACCUGGGUACUAUGGAGGCAGAUUCCGCUGCCCAAAGUAUUCAGAACGAAGGCAAAAGUCUGGUUGAAAAUGAGGCAGGGAAAGCUGAUACUGAAGGAGAACUUCAAACCGAGGCAGUCAAAGAGCAAGAGAGCGAAGUCACAGAUACAACAAAGGCACAAGAAUCCAAAGUCCCGGAUACUUCUCUCUUACAACAAGUUACCCAGGUCCUUGGCGAGAUCGUCCCUCACAACUUGAGUGCAGAAGUGACCGAGGGCGCCGGGGGACCACAGAUUGUUGUUCAAGGCGCAGACCAGGCGGGAAGCGAGUUUAAGAUCACUCUGGCCCAGCAGUUGCUUUUAGCGCAGCAUUUACUGAAUCAGGUACAAACACAGCGGCUUGGACGCGGCGGAGCGAGCGGAAGUGAAGGCGAACAAGACGCCGAACAACCUCAGAUUACAACAGUCACUAUUCCAGAAAUCAGCGCUGAACUUGCAGAACAGAUCGUCAACCAGGCUGCAGUUCAACAGGCAACUGACUUGAUGCAGAAUCCCUCCGGUUUAAUACAUGUCCCCAGCGAUGCUAACACUUCCCAGGGAACUGGGCAAACGGAAAUGGUUGUAGGAACUGAAGUUAUGAUCCAAGAACAGGCUGAAGGACAACAUAACGAGAUGGUCACGGAGCAUGUGUUGCAAGAGAGUACCGCUGUCCCAGUGACAUCAGAGGAUGGUGUACCUCUAGUCGACAGUAACGCCGUCUACGUCGCUAUCGAUCCCAACCAACCAGAUGUUCAACAACUGCUGGGACAAAUUCAGGCCAUAACUGCUUCACAAGCACAACAAGGUGAAGGAGAAGAACCACGACAAGAGAGUGAAUGAUUUGCUUUUAAUGUUAUCACCCACAGCUGCAGGUGAGCACUGGGUCGAGUCAUGCCAAGCUUGGUGCCCAGAGGUACACUUGGUCUCAUACUGGUGAAGGGACAUUAUGCCUAGUCGACAACAAAUUUCUUCGGCAUUUUCAACGAAAUCGUGUGGAUAUCAAGGCUUCGACUUAAACGCAAUGUGGAGAUAAUUUCAUUAGUAAGCUAUGACCAGUUUUUUACUGAGUUGUAUUCGGUUGACGAUGAGUCGAAGUCGGGUCUUCUAACCUCUGACAUCAUUAGCUAGGUAGAGAAAUUCCAGUGGAGGGUUGUAGCGCUGUUCCAAGAUCAGCGGUCGAUAACAGAAAAUCUGACGUCUAGCUAAUUGACUAAAUCUUUUUGUUAUUUGGCAUUGUGAAUACGAAUUCGACAUUUGCGAGUGAACCGCCGAAGGUAGGCCGACGUUUUGUCGAAGGCUAUCGUUAUUUCCGAGAUGAAUUGUCUUGUUUUGAGUUUCUUACCAAAAAUGUAGGUAGGUAUUUAAUUUCUGAAUUAAAAAUUUAAUAGUUUAACUCUCUGGUGAGUAGAAACAGGUAUAAGUUUUUUUGGUUUUUUUUUUAAUAGAGUAUGAUUUCAGUUUCCAAAUGCUAAUCGCGUCAGAAAACCUCUAUGAACAGCUCUAAAUGGUCGUAAACAAAAUAUUUAUGGACAAACUGUUUAAAGUUAUGAUAAUGAGAUUUUCCUUUUCGAUAAAGAGGCUUUUUAAAGCUUUCGACUAUCAAUCAACGUCUUUAUUUAUUAGUUUUCUCACUAAUCUGAUUAACAAUAGUUACAUGUUUUAGGGUUUAAAUCAUUAAAAGAAAAUUAAUAUUUGUCAA